AUGACCAUUGGUGCCUCAAAAAUUGACAAAAUGUUGAAUAUGGGAAAACUUCAUGGGGACAAAGGUGGUCUUGGAUUUAAUCACUUUGGUUCUAGUUCAUCUUGCUUUACCACUAAGUUUGUCAAGUCAGAAACUCCAAUCACUAUACCUCUUGAUGUUCAGCAGGUUGUCAAGAAACCUAAGUUUGUUCCAACUUGUCACAGGUGUGGGUUGACUGGUCAUAUUCGACCAGUCUGUCAUAUGUAUAGCAAAGAUAAGACCAGAAAAUUGUCUCCAAAAUCUAAAAGGAAUCCCAGAUCUUUGCAAGUUCAAGUUGAUCAUUUGCUGAAUGAGGUCACUAAGAUAGCCAAACUUGUCUCCCUCAAAAUGAGUUCUCCUAUUGUGCCUAAGUCUACUUGGAUUGCAAGAGGUCAUACCAAAUCUCUUGUUGUGCUAAAUGCUUUUGCUGCUUCAAAUAUCAACUCUUGGUAUUUUGAUAGUGGUUGUUCCAAACAUAUGUCUGGAGAUAAAAAUGUUUUCUCAUCUCUCAGCCCCUUUGAUGGAGGCACUGUGACUUUUGGUGGAGGUCAUAGAUCUCAAGUUGUUGGAAAAGGUACUGUUUGUAUCCCUGGUCUGCCCGAGCUUAAGAAUGUUAGAUUUGUUGAGGGUCUCACAUCCAAUCUCAUUAGUACUAAACUGAAUAUGGCUAUAAAUAGCCUGUUUUCCAUGUCUGAUAAGAAAAUCUUGGACCAAAUUUAUGCAACUCAUUAUGUCAAUGUUGAUACUUCUUUUGAUGAGGAUUCUCUUUUCGAAAUUGUUGAAAACAUCCUCAAGCAUGCAAUCCAAACUGUCGACAAAAUUGUGCAGGGUACCCAAGUGCAUGAGGAAAACAUAGAGGAGAAGCCCCUCAUGGCCAACUUCAGUACACCAUUGUGCAUACUUAAGUCCAUAGCCAGCGAGAUGCAAUGCAAACCUCCUGGUGAGAAAGUUGCCCAUGAAACUGCCCUUGUAAUACUGAACAAGCUGUCAAACUAUUCAUGGGAAGCAAAGGCAGUGCUGACUCUGGCAGCUUUUGCUAUGGAAUAUGGGGAGUUCUGGCUCCUUGCCCAGGCUCAGGAAUCGGACCGACUUGCCAAAUCAAUUUCAAUCCUGAAGAGAGUCCCUUUCCUCCUCAAGCCCUCAAACCUGCAAAAAAGAAGGCAAGCAGUGGUUGAGCUUAACAACUUGAUCAAGGUUACAAUGCAAGUUAUCGGGAUCUUCGAUCAGUUUGAAAAGCUUUCCAGUUACGAUCCAAGGGAUGUGCCGGAGUUGGCAUUAGCAAUGGAACAUAUUCCAGUGGAUGCAUAUUGGGCUAUUUUGACUCUUGUUGCUUGCGCAACUAAGGUCACUAUUCUCACCAGUGAUGAGGACAAGGAGCAUGACCUAGUCCCAUACGCUCAAAAAAUCCAUUUCAUCCUGAACAAGCUUAACGUACAGCUGAAAAUUUGUAGAAAACAAGUUGAGGACGCAGAAGCUUACCGGAGGAUAAGGAAAAUCUUUCGAACUCCUACUGAAAUCAAGGAGGUUUUCAAGGCCCUGAUCUUUAGCAAAGACAAUGUUCAGCCACUGAUUGAUGGUUCUACUGAACAAACGGUUGAUAUCGACAUCCUGAGGAAGAAAAACAUACUCCUAUUCCUUUCAAGCCUAGAUAUCACUGAUGAUGACAUUUCUAUCCUCAAACCCAUUUAUGAGUUCACUAAGAAAGAGGACCAGCAUAAGAUUGUGUGGAUUCCAAUCGUCGAGCAGUGGACCAAUGAGCUGCGAAAGAAGUUCGAGACCCUGAGGAUCAAGAUGCCGUGGUACACAGUGCAGAUCUCUGCACCCAUAGCUGGUAUCAGGUUCAUCAAGGAGGAGUGGAACUUCAAGGGUAAGCCUACAUUGGUGGUGAUGAGCCCACAAGGAAAGGUUGAACAUUCCAACGCAUUCCACAUGAUUCGGGUAUGGGGGCCCAAGGCCUUCCCUUUCACAGAAGCAAGAGAGAAAGAAAUCUCAAAGUCUCUUCAAUGGUUUGGCAAUUUAAUCAGAGAGAUUUAUCCGACUCUACCCGACUCUAAAGAGGAUGAGUACAUUUUCUUCUAUGGAGGCAAAGACAAAGACUGGAUCAAACAAUUCAAAGAGAAAGCAACUGCUCUUGCAAAUGAUCUCAUCUUGAAGGAAGCAAAGAUUAACAUAAAGUUGUUUUGUGUGGGGAAAGACAGCAAGGGAGAAGAUGACUUUGGCAUUCUAUGGCGCUUCUGGACCGGAAUAGAAAGCCUGUUCCACACCAAGAUACACAAGCAGGCCGACUCAGCCACGCUAGAUAUCCAAAAGCUACUUUCUUACAAAAAUGAAAGUGGAUGGGCUGUGCUCAGCAAGGGGUCUUCUUUGGUUGUCGCCGGUCAUGGUAUCUCAAUUUUGAAGGUGACAGAGGACUUUGACAAAUGGAAGGGACAAGUGAGAGAGAAAGGCUUUGAGUUUUGUUUCACGACAUACUAUGCGAAGAUUGGCUUUACACCUUGCUGCCGCCUUGAUAUUCCAGGCUCUACCGGGAAGGUCCCGGACACAAUGAAAUGUCCCGAUUGCAACCGUAGCAUGGAGACUUUUAUCAGUUACAAGUGCUGCCACAUUGAUGCUCCUAAUGUGCAUCAUUAAGUUCUGGGUUUC